AACUCAACCCAUUCCAACUUGUUUGAGAACAGGAUUGGGGACGAACGAAUCUAGGCAUCUCCACAUAAUGAGUGGCAAGGAAGGAGUAAUUAAGGAGGUAGCUAGCUAGGGCAAAAGCAUCUAACCUUGGUGUUAGGCUGUCGGGCUAGCUGCCGGUGCAUUUUUUUUAAUUCAAUAUAAGUCUUUAGGUAUGGUCGGACAAUACAAUACAAGAUAGACAAUAAAAUAAAAUAAAAUAAGUGGUAGUCCGUUCGCAACCGGACUCUCGAUAAAAAAAUCUGUUUUGCUACGAGGUAGACAGUUCUGUUGAAACUCCGAGAAACAAAAUGACACGAGACUGACACAAAGGAAAAUGUUAGAGAGUGGUAUAAGAUCCAGCAUAACCGUCUCCUAACAACUCGAGUUAUUGGAACCAAUUAGUUUGUGACAUGGUAUCAGAGCUGGUCUGACCAAGUGGUCGUGUGUUUGAAUCUCCACGACCCCCAAUAUUAAUAGUUGAUUAAAGCACAAAGUAUGGUGAUUGCGUGUGCAAACUUCAAGCUCAUGGAUUGGCUUUCGUUUGAGGGGGCGUGUUAGAGAGUGGUAUAAGAUCCAACAUAACCUUCUCCCAACAUCUCGAGUUAUUGGGACCAACUGGUUUGUGACGGAAAAGACUUCCUAAAGGGAUGGGAUACGGUCACUUCCCCUUAGCAGGUUGUGAGAUUCGCAACCAAGGGUAAUUUGGGUAUAACAAAAAAAUAAAUUAAUUAAUUAAUUUUUUCAUAUUAAUUACAUAUUGAAAAUUAAAAAUCUAUAUUAAACACAUGCUUUUUUUUAAAAAAAACCUACAAUUACUACACUUAUAUCUCUCUGUACUUUUUCCAGCAGCCUCUUCGCUCCUACCGCCAAACUUACUCCGACCGGCAGACUUUUUUCCGGUGACAACCAUCAGUCAGACUCACUCUGGCCACCUGCAAAAAAGUACAACUUUGUGAGUGCGCUAGUGGUAGUGAUUUUCAUCUAGCGUACAGUGGUACUGGAAAGCUAUAGUGGUAUUGGUACGAUACCACUACCACUGAUAGCGUACUAGUACCACUGGUGCGUACCACUACCACGGGUAGCGCUACUAGUGAGUAGUGGUAGCGUACCACUACCUCUGAUAGGUACCAGUACCACUGGUGGCGUACUACUGCCACUGAUAACGUACCACUACCUCUGAUAGGUACCAGUACCACUGGUAGCGUACCACUACUCAUUGGUGCCGCUACCACUGGUAGUGUACCACUAGCAUUGGUUGCGUACCAAUAGCACUGGUAGUGUACAACUAGAGACUAAGACAGAAAAACCAGAUUUGAAAUCUGAAAAAUCCUAAAUCCGAAAAAAUUGGGGAUGAGGAAAGGGGAAGGCAGAGGAGAGAUCGUUAUCUCGUGGUGGCGGCGACGGCUGUGUUAAAACAAGUGGUGGUGGGAGGCGGAGGAAGAAUGGAAGGGGGAGGCAGAGGCGACUUUGGUGAUGGUGGUGGGAGGCGGUUGCAGCGGCAGAGGGCGGACGGGAGGGCUGUGAAUUGUGAUGUUGGUGGCGCCGACGGCAGGGGGUGGCGACGGAGGGCGGUGGGAGGACUGGAUGGUGGUGGCUCCGAGGGUAGGGGCAGAUGUGAUGAAGAAGAAGGGAGAACUGGCGGUGGUGGCUGCAGAGAGGGGGAUCUGAUUAGGGUUUUUAGAGAAAGGAAAGGAUAUGGAUAUUAAUAGUGAUAGUAAUCCUAUGGGUUAGUUUUUUUCAUUCCAAAAAUACCCUUCGUGUAAUCCUAACCAUCGAUUUAAAAUAAAAUAAAAAGAGACAGGAGAGAGAAUGUAUCCAAUGGCUACAAAGUGAGUUGUGAAUCUCACAACCGUAAGGAGGUUGUGACGGUAUCUCAUCCCCUUCCUGAAUGUCACAUCCUUAAUGAACAAUUGAGAAUCUUCACAAAAAACAACAAUCAAAAAAUUAUUGACGAAACACCAUCUCAUAGCAUCUCGAAUAAUAGCAAGUAAUUCGAAUGCAUUAUAUAAUUUACCCACAACAAAUGGAAUAAUUCCAUUACCCGCUGCCGCCUGCCGGUGCAUUUGGAGGCUGCAAUGGCGUGCAUGAACCGUUGAUUCAGUUCAUUAAUGAUCUCCCCGUACUAUAAAAAAACGAUGCAUUGACCUGACAUUUGCACAUGCAACGAGUUGAUGUUAUUAUUACACUAAUUUAGUUUGUUAAGAUUCACCAAAUAGAUUGUAUAGAGAAGCCAGAAGCCCCCACAUGCAAUGAUUCAGACAUUAUUGCUAAUUAGCAGCUUAAUCAAUGGUGUUUUCUUAACCGUAAUCAACUCAUGAGUACUGAUGUUGGAUCAGAUUUGUUUCAGUUCCGUUCCCUUUUCUUUUUCUUCCAUGAUUUAACGUGCACAUGCCAUCUUUUUUGUCUUCUUUUCCCAACUUGAAGAAAUUAAACUGCAUACUGCAAACACGGCCGAGACGUGAUGACUGUCAAGAACCAGUUGAUCCCAAUAACUCGAGUUGUUGAGAGAUUCAAUCGUGGAUCAUAUACCACAACACUAACACGCCCCCUCAAAAGAAAGCCACUCACAAGGGCUUGAAGUUUGCACAGGUUUGAAGACAAGAAUACCAUGUGCUUAACAAAUGGGGGUCAUUGGGAAUCGAACACAAGACCUCUCGGUCACAGAAGGCUCUGAUACCAUGUCAUGAACCAGUUGAUCCCAAUAACUCGAGUUGUUGGGAGAAGGUUAUGUUGGAUCUUAUACCACACUCUAACACGCCCCCUCAAACGAAAGCCAACCCAUGGGCUUGAAAGUUUGCACAGGCCCACCAUACCAUGUGCUUGAAAGACAACGGUUAAUAUUGGGGGUCGUGGAGAUUCGAACACAUGACCAUUCGGUUCUAGGCUCUGAUACCAUGUCAAGAACCAGUUGAUCCCAAUAACUCGAGUUGUUGGAAGAGGUUCAAUCGUGGAUCAUAUACCACAACACUAACAAUAACUUCCCAUGAUCCUGAACUUAUUUUACUUUGUACUAAUUACAUAUUGUUGUUUAAAUAUUUAUGCUUUGUUUAAUUGUGAAUUAAUGUUGUUUGGGGGGAAAUUAGAGUAGGAGUAGGGGAGAGGGGUUGUGGCCUAGGCAGAGAAUGGAAGGUCUUUUAGGCUCUUUCCUACAGAUUUUGAACGGGCAGAGAAUGGAAGGUCUUUUAGGCUCAUCGUUAGUUAGCUAUGUCAGCAUUUAACUGACGUCGUUAAUGAAGACUGACGGAGUCUAACGGAGAGUGAUCAAACUUGACCUGUGUAACUUAUUUAAGUGACUAAGAAUGAAAUAAAAUAGUCUUAGUGGCAAACGUGAGAUUGUUUAGUAAUUUUGAUGACCAAACUUGCAAUUUACCCGAAGAAGAGAACAAAGAGAAAUGUCUGAAUUUCAUACUAAUUGAACGAACUAAAGACCUCAUUACUGAAACUUCCCUUUUUGUAUCAAUCAUUAACAACAGAUUAAAAACCAUGACAUGAUCUGAUUAUAGUAUUGUUUGCGAAAUUCUUUUACGUGGAAAAUUAAACGACAGACGGUUGAGAAUUUUAUGUGCUUCUUGUUGUUUAGUGUAAAUGAUCUUGCAUCAAUUGGAAAUUUGGAAGUCGGGCAGAACUCUCCAAUUCCUUAUUUACGAAAUUACAACGCUAAUUCUGUAAUAAAUAAACAAAUAAGUA